GUGGACGCAUGCGUCUUUCAGUUUGCUCUCACUUAAGGUUGGACAGCUAUGGCCUCAACGUUUGAUCCGUGUUUCUGCUCUGGGAUGUAAUAUGGUGUUUGGUAGGUUGUUAGAAGAGUACAAACCCCCGGGAAAGGAAACGGCAAUGGAUCACCACUCUGCUCAUUCGAUGUUAACGUGCUGCGUUUUGAUCCUCACUGUUCGUGGAUUUGCCCAAGGGACUGAGUGCCAACCUGGCUGUCAUUCAUUAAAUGGAUUCUGUGAGAUCACUGGUGAAUGCAGGUGUAAAUCUGGUUGGCAGGGAGAGCUGUGUGAUAAGUGUAUCCCUUCUCCUGGCUGUUUACAUGGGACAUGCACCAAACCUUGGGAAUGUGUUUGUAAAAAGGGUUGGACAGGCAGUCUGUGUAACACAGUGUCCCAUAAUUGUUCAGCUGAACACUCUUGUGCCAAUAACUCAACAUGUAUAAGGAAUGAAGAUGGUAGUUAUAUGUGUACCUGUGGAGAGGAGUUCACAGGAAACCAAUGCCAAUUUAGGAAAAGCCCUUGCAAUACCAAUGGGGCACUUUGUCAGAAUGGAGGAAGUUGCUUUGAUGAUAGUAGGACUGCAGUCAAGAACUACUGCUUAUGUUUGCCUGGUUUUACAGGGGACUUCUGUGAAAUAAGCAUCAAUAACUGUAACCCAAACCCUUGUGCCAACCAUGGAACCUGCACAGAUCUGGUUUCUAACUUCAGCUGCCUUUGCCUCAGAGAAUUCACUGGCAAAUCCUGUGAAUAUGCAGUCACAUCUUGCCUUAGCCAUCCAUGUCAAAAUGGAGGCACAUGCCAUGAUCAUCCUGAAGGUGGCUUUGAUUGUGCAUGUUUGCCUGAGUAUACAGGAGAAAUCUGCCAACACAAAGCAUUUAAGAACUUUAAUCAUGACUCGAAGCAAAAUGUAUCCAAGCAUGCAAGAGCAAGAUGGAUCAGUCAUGGCAAGCAUUUUCAUCCCCUGCUACAUGCCUCUCAUGAUCUACAGCAAGGAAAUGAUUUGAUCAAGAUCACAAGGAAAGAAACCAUCUAUACAUCCAGCUCUCUGCUCAAUAGCAGUCAAAUGAUCUGUUUUACGGUGCUUGGGUUAUUGACUUGUCUUGUAAUCCUGGGAACUACAGGAAUCAUCUUCUUCUCCAAGUGUGAAAUAUGGCUGGCAAAUGCUAAAUAUCGACAUCUCCUCUGGAAGCAAAGAAGGUACUUACUCCAAGACAAAAAUGAAGACCUUUCAGUCAAAAUUUUAUCUCCAAGCAUGAAUAAAUUUACAAGCUAUGGAAAGAAUUAUACAUCUAUCUAAAGUUUUUUUUUGUAAAUUAAAUACAUCUACAUAACACUGCAUUAUUUAAUAAAGUUUGCAAUUGUUACAGUAUAAUCAAGUAUUUGUUAAUAAUAUACUGUAUUAUUUAAGUGGUUUUGAUCUUUAUCAUAACACGUACACAUUCAUGUAAAGUGCUGGUCCAAGGUUUUCAACAAGAAUGGGAACAACAUGACUUGAGGUUAUUUUUGAAUUUGCAUUAUUUGGUAACCAGCAGAAGGGAGAUAGGAAAGAAUUGAAUUCCCUUUUAACUGUUUACAAUCUUGUGCAACCAGCACAACUGUGUCCUGUUUUAGUCUGAAAUCAUAAUUUGUAUUAUAUGAUGAAAUAUAUUUAGCUGUACACAUUAAAAUAUUCUCAUGCUUAAGAUGUUCAUGUACUUAAAGAGCUUAUUUUACUUUACUGACAGUCCAGCCUUGUGACAGUGUUGUGACAAUGUUCAUUCUGCAUCCUAAGUACAAGAAUUAAAUUAAAAAGCUUUGACCAAAUAAAUAUUUAUCUUUGACUGUAAUACAAUGUACUUAAAUGUGGUAGCUUUGAAUAAAAAAAUAUG